CAAAGAUAGAGAGGUAACAGAAAUAGACCUUUCUUGCGUUGACAAGAGGGCAUCUUCAAAAAUAUUUUAUGUCCAUUUGUGGGCUUUAUAUAUGAACUAGGACAGAGCUAGUUAUAAUCGUUCCAUGCCGAGAUUGACCCCUUGAAGACGCAAGUGAGAGAACAUCUUGUGAGACUCUCUCUGUUCUGGUUCGUUGAUUUGCCCUCUUCCAUCACCCUCUUCAUCCCUUCCCCAAUUCUUGAGAUAUACUCCAGUUAUGUCUAGUAUUUUAUCUUGAAUCAUCUUUCUGUUUCACUUUGUUGUCAAAACAAUUUCUUGCUGUUUGUUUUCCUUUAAUUUGCACGACCACAACUUCUCUUUGUUCAGUAGAUAUGAGUAACUCAAUGAUGCCAAGGAUGAAGGUCAUGGUUUAUUUGGUUUAUGAUAGAGGUUAACCUGAAUCCACUAUACAUCUGAUUAACAUAUGAUCAAAGCAUUCUCUCUCAUUUUGUUCUCAAUUAAGUAGAAACUCCAUACCCGUAUCACCAAUUCUUUUACCUUGUUUUCAAUUACAAGGAUUGAGGAGGUGGUAUGUGUUGCUAAGUCCAACAAUAUAUAUCAACACUUUUCUUUAGCUAUAUUUAAUUAGUUCUUGCUGUACAAAUUUAGUGUAUUUCGUGUCAUCAUAAACAUAUAUUUUUGAAUGGAUGUGAGGAAGGGGAAAGGAAAGUUCAAAGGUAAUCUGAUCAUCAAGACAUGGGAGAGAUGCAUAUCGUUUGGCAGGGGAAGCAAGAGAACGUCAAGACUGGAACGUUCUUUGACACCAGAGAGCAAAUCAUGCCCGCAUAUUAAAGUUUCACUAGAAGACGACCAUGAUCAAAAGCAUUCCAGGAAAUCACGUGUAGCUCCUGAAGGUUGCUUCUCAGUCUACGUUGGACCCCAGAAACAAAGGUUUGUGAUCAAGACAGAGUAUGCAAACCACCCACUAUUCAAGAUUCUGCUUGAAGAAGCAGAGUCUGAGUAUGGUUACAACCCUGAAGGCCCUCUAACACUACCCUGCAACGUUGAUAUCUUCUACAAAGUGUUGAUGGCUAUGGAGGACACUGGUAUUGAUAACAAGAUUCAUCGCGGAUGUCGCUUUGCCAAGAAUUAUGGAUCUUAUCACCUUCUUAGCCCAUCGAGGAUGAUUAUUUUGAAUCAGUAUUAAAUUAAGUCUGUAGAAUUGUGUUGUUAUUUCGAUAAUUAGAGCUUGUCAGGUGUGUGUGUGGUAAGGUGAGCUGUGGGUUUAAGCCUUUAAGGCUGUGUAAGUUGUGUCUUAUCCUAUGUUUAAUCAUGUACUACUUACUGUACAGGAUAAGCAGAGGACUGGAAAAGUAUAUCCAGGCUAUCUAUGUAGGAUUUACUUCUGUUACGUGAGUUUCUGUUUAAUUAAGCUGUCUAA